CGAGUUGAUUUUGUGGCUGGCCUACUGCUGCGGGCAUUAGGGUUUUGAGUUUCUACUAGGUACCUAUAUGCGUUUAUAAGACCUACUAGUGAGGCGUACAGUCAGUUGUUAGGUAUGCUGUCAGAUUUCAGUUGGGUUUCUUGAAAUUCCUAAGUAUUUUGUGGAUUGUGGAGUCUGGGGUUUAUCAAAAUCAUGUAUCGUGAUAAAGGGUUUCAGAAAGGGGAAGAAAACGCGAGAAGAGCUUAUUCAACAAGUGUCUUUAAGCCGCUGCCUGCUGAUCAUCAAACUUCUCAGAACAUCAAAGGCGGAAGCCAUCCCUUGAGAAACCAGUCAAAUGGCUUGGCUUUGGAUGGCAGACAAGGAUUUGGGGAGUUAAAGACCUGGUGUGACUCAAGUCGUGGUCCUAGGUCUGUUGGAGAACAAAACCAUUCAGUUUCACCAGCCAAGAAGGAUUUGCCUGGACACAGAGUCCAAAGAGACAAUUAUAAUCUUCCAGAUUUCGUGACUAACUAUGAGAAUGCGAAAUUCUUUGUCAUAAAAUCCUUCCAAGAAGUAGACAUUCAUAAAAGCAUUAAAUAUAGUGUUUGGGCAAGUACUCAAAAUGGUAAUAAGAAGCUGGAUGCAGUCUAUCAUGAUGCAUAUAAAUUAUCCCGUGAGGCGCGCAAAGUGUGUCCGAUCUUUCUCUUCUUUUUGGCGAAUGGAAGUGGGCAGUUUGUGGGUCUCGCUGAGAUGACUGGACCAGUUGAUUUUGAUAAGAAUAUGGACUUUUGGCAGUUAGAAAGGUGGAAUGGGUUCUUCCCUGUUGAAUGGCGCAUAAUAAAAGAUAUCCCGAAUCAUCAUUUUCAACACAUCUUAAAUGAAUUCAAUGAAAACAAGCCUGUAACUUACUGUAGGGAUACUCAGGAGAUUGGAUUGAAGAAAGGCUUACAGAUGCUGGACAUUUUCAAGAGCUAUCAAGUGACAACAAUGUUGCUAGAUGACUACGAUUUCUAUGAAAAACAGGGAAAAUUGCUGCCUAGCAGGAGCAGUAAGGGACAGGAUCCUCCCGUCUUCCAUGGUUAUGCUUCAAGUCCCUCAACAAAGGCUACAUCAUAUUCUGCACGUACAGUUGCUCCUAGUCUCCAGGCGAAGGCGAUACCGAACUCUCGAGGAUUGCCUACUGGACGUACUAAUGUUGCUAGUCUCCUGACAAAGACAACAUCAUUUCCUCAAUCCCGGCCCGCUGCAUGUAUAGAUGCUCCUAGUCUCCAGGCGAAGGCGGUGCCGAACUCUCGAGGAUUGCCUACUGCACGUACUAAUGUUGCUAGUCUUUUGACAAAGACAACAUCGUAUCCUCAAUCCCGGCCCGCUGCAUGUAUAGAUGCUCCUAGUCUCCGGGCGAAGGCGGUGCCGAACUCUCGAGGAUUGCCUACUGCACGUACUAAUGUUGCUAGUCUCCUGACCAAGACGACAUCAUAUUCUCAACCCCUGCCAAUUGCACGUUCAGAUGCUCCCAAUCCAUCAACGAGGACAUUGAAUUCUCCUUCAGUAUCUACACAUAGUGAAACCAUCCAUGCUAAAGAAGAAUGCAUGCUCGUCGCAUCUUCUGAUUACAAAGAAAAUUCAGAUACUGAUAAGACAAAUGGAGUUUUCGAAGUGGGUGAUUUGGUGAUGGUAUAUCUGAAAAUUCGGACCUUCCCUUCAAAAAAGCUACAUAUGAAGCGAAUUGGACCAUUUCGUAUUCUGAGGCGGAUAGAUGACAAAGACUAUAAAGUCCAUUUGCCUCCUGAUUAUCGUAUCAAUAACAUUUUCAGUGCGGAAGACUUGUCACAUGAAACAGGUGAUAUUGUUCCUCCUAUCAAGCUCCCAAGUCGGUUACUAAUCGCUAAAGAUCGAAUUUCAGUUGUUUUAUGUAAAGACACAGUCACUUCAACUAGACGGACGUACACCAAAUUUCUGGUUAAGUGGAAAUACAUUCAACAAGAUACAUGGCUUAACGAAGAUACUUUCCAACAACUGGAUCCAGAAUUCUAUAAGCGUUACAUGGCAUACAUAGAUGAAGAACAUGUUCCUGAACCUGCAGUUACAAUGUCAGAAUCAGUUCCUGCCACGGAUUCUCCCAAAACGAACAUAGCAGUUCCUGAAUCUGUGGGUAACAAUGUUUGCGACUCAAGUAGAACGCCAGAAUCUGAUCCUGUCACUGAAUCGUCCCAGAUGAACAUAGCAGUUCCUGAAUCUAUGGGUAAAAAUGUUAGCAACUCAAGUACAACUUUAGAAUCUGACCUUGUCACUGAAUCGUCUAAAUCAGCAGUUACCUGAUUUUUAAUCCUCAUUGUACUGUUCAAAGUGAUUAGAUAUUGAAUAAAACCAGUUUUGUGUGUA